AUGAUCACCCUUCCAAAGCAUUUAUCUCUCCUCAUAGUCAUUUACCUGUGCUCGAUCAUCCUGCCAGCCCUUUCAGUGAGGCGCGGUGACUAUAAAACAUGUGAUCAAGCAAGCUUCUGUAAGCGGAACCGUGCCCGAGCCACUCGAGCUCAAUCUGCCGAAUUUUCUCCUUCAUGGCGAUCACCCUAUAGGAUCGCAGAGCCACCAGUUUGGAUGGCUGAAGAACGGACCCUGCGUGCUCUCUUGACCAAUGAACUAUAUCCUCAUAUUAGUUUUGCACUCAAUGCCAGCUUUGUGAGCGACAGCGAAGGCACGAUGAGGAUCAAAGUCGAUCAAGUUGGGGGUUUACGUCAACGAUACAACGAAGCUGAUCGUUGGACUUUACUUCGACAACCUUCCCUGACGAAUCAAGAUGACUUGAAAAUAAAUAUCGAAACCGAACAAACAGUGGUAGACUGGGGUCAGAGUUUAGAACACGAUCAUCUCUACCGGUUCUUGUUAAGCUACCACCCGCUUCUCGUCACGCUCUAUAAAGAUGGUGUACCUCACAUUGUGCUCAAUGAACGAGGGCUGUUCAACAUGGAGCACUUUCGUGAGAAGUCAGCGGGUCAAGAUCCUGCCGCACUUCAGGACGGCUUGAAUAUCCACGAAUCCAGCGAUGGUAAAGUUGCUCCUCCCAUCGACCUCAUUCAUCCCGGUUUCAAAGAUGUGGAUGAAGAGGGGAUGUGGGACGAGAACUUCGGAGGGCGGACUGACAGCAAACCCAAAGGCCCGGAAUCCCUCAGUCUGGAUAUAACUUUCCCUGGCUAUCAACAUGUUUAUGGUAUUCCAGAACAUGCUUCCCCACUCUCUCUGAAAACUACGCGCGGAACCGAUUCGGCAAACAAGGAGGCCUACACCGAUCCAUAUCGUCUGUGGAACUUGGACGUUUCCGAAUACGAAGCCGAUUCUGAAAUGGCUCUCUAUGGCGCGAUCCCUUUCAUGAAAGCUCACCGAGCUGGAUCGACUGUUGCAGUUUUUUGGCUCAAUGCGGCUGAAACCUGGAUUGACAUCGAAAAAAAACCGACAAAACCUGAAGUUAUGAGAACAUGGAAGCAAGGCGAAGCUCAGAAGAAAGCUGGUGUCGAUCAAGGUCCCAAUGCUAUCACCACCACCACACAUUGGAUGAGCGAAAGUGGGAUUCUGGACCUCUUUUUUUUCUUGGGUCCCAGCUCGAAAGAUAUCUUUUCUUCGUUUGGUUCACUGGUCGGCACUACCCUCAUGCCACCUUACUUUUCGAUUGCCCACCACCAAUGUCGAUGGAACUACUUCCGUCAAGAAGAUUUAUUGGAUGUGGUGAGAAACUUUGAUAAGCACGACAUCCCCUUAGAUGUCAUCUGGCUCGAUAUCGAAUACGCCGAGGGACACAAGUACUUUGUUUGGGACAAGAAAGCGUUCCCGGACCCUAUGAAGAUGAUCGCAAAUCUAGAAGCAACUGGUCGCAAGCAGCUCGUUACAAUCGUUGACCCGCAUGUCAAACGUUCUUCGGACUACUACGUCUACAAGGAAGCUGUUGAGCUCGAUAUUCUUGUAAAGCUUCCAAAUGGAUCCGAAUAUGAAGGGCGGUGUUGGCCCGGAUCGUCCAGUUGGACUGAUUACCUCAACCCCAAGGCAUGGGACUGGUGGGCUGGUUUAUUCAAAUUUGAUAAGUACAGAGAGAGUACUAUUAAUGUCCAUAACUGGCUAGACAUGAAUGAGCCGUCUGUCUUCAACUCCUCCGAAAUCACAUUACCUCGUGACAACAUUCAUUUUGGUGGAUGGGAACAUCGCGACGUACAUAACUUGAAUGGGAUGUUGACUCACAAUCAAUCUCACCGCGGAUUGCAAGAACGGACGUCGCCGCCAAUGCGUGGCUUUGUCUUGUCGCGGUCCUAUUUUGCUGGUAGUCAGCGUUACGGGGCAACUUGGCAAGGUGACAACAUGGGUACCUGGGAUCACCUUAGAGUAUCUAUCCGGAUUGUACUUAGCAACGCCAUCUCCGGGAUGACUUUUAAUGGAGCUGAUGUUGGGGGAUUUUUUGGCAAUCCCUCAAAUGAGAUGCUGGUCAGAUGGUAUCAAACAGGGGCUUUCUUCCCAUUUUUCAGGGCGCACGCUCACAUUGACACAAAACGAAGGGAGCCGUAUCUUUUUGAUGAGCCAUUCCGUGGUUACAUGGUGGAUAUGAUUAAACUUAGAUAUACACUCUUGCCAGUGUGGUACACGGCGUUCUUUGAGAACACUUUCACAGGGGUUCCAAUGACUGUCCCACAAUAUGUGAUGUUCCCAGAUGAUGAAGGUGGAUUUGCAAUUGAUGAUCAGUUCUAUCUUGGCUCUUCCGGAUUACUUGUGAAGCCCCUUACGAUAGAAGGCCAGACCAAAACGGAUGUUUAUCUUGCGGAUGCUCAGCCGUAUUAUAAUUAUUUUACAUACGACCUCUUUCUAUCAAGCUCAUCUCACAGCAAGAGAAUCAAAUUUCCGGCUCCGCUUGAUACCUUGCCGCUCUUUUUGCGUGGUGGUCAUAUUUUGACCAGACGUGAUUUGAUCCGAAGGGCAGCGCCAAUGAUGAAAAAAGAUCCUAUCACAUUAAUCAUUGCACUUGAUAAAGAUGGAAGUGCCCGUGGGACACUCUACCUGGAUGAUGGCGAGAGUCUCAAUCAUGAGCAAGGUCAAUUCAUUUAUCGCUCUUUUGAACUUCAGAAAAUCAAUUCAAAGACUUUCAAAUUGUCUUCUGGUGAUGCGGUUGAUAUGGCUGCUUGCAAUGCUCAUCCUGGCUUGGCCAGAGCCUUGACAGCUUUCAGUCCCAACAAUGACUGGUCCAAAAAUAAUAGCGACAUACUCAUUCAGAAAGUGAUCAUUUUGGGUUUACCAGCAAGGCCUACAUGUGUCAAAGCUGAAGGUUCUGUCAAAGGCCUUUUUUUUGAAUACUCUCCAGGUCUAAGCUCUUCCACAAAUUCGGCCAAAGUAACUGGAUUAGGCAAACGUGCAAGUGUAUUAACAAUCUUCAAUGCUGCUGUUCCGGCCAAUGGGGACUGGUCCAUCAUGGUUGACUCUCUAGGAACCAUGGAUUGUGUGCCAUCAAAGAUAUUCCUGAGUGUUGAUCCAAUGAUAUCUCUUCAGUCCUCAGAGUGUCCAAAAGGAUACUUUCAAUGUAGAAAUCAAGGACAUACCCCCGCUUGUGUUCGUAUUUCAAGAGUCAAUGAUGGAAUUUGUGAACCUGAAUGCUGUGAUGGAUCGGAUGAAGCCAAUAAUUCUGAAGUCCACUGCCCCAACCGCUGUGCUGCUGUGCGUCACAAUUCAAAUCAAAGAGAUGCAGUGGUGAAAGGUGAAGACUAA